AUCUGCUCGUCGUCGUCAGUCGUUAGUCGUCCGACGGCAAUUGAAUCGCGUGCGCGUUUUGCUCGAAGGCGGCGAGAGUUACCCACAGAAAUCAGUAAUAAUACCUGCAAAAAGUGAUGAGCCGAAACAACGCAUAAAUAAUUAAACGGGUAUUGGCCAGGUGACAACGAUAACAAUGGCCAAAUCCCCAACAAAUUAGUCUGGCAGAUGAAAAAAUAACUUGUUUAUCGCACAAAAAAAUAAAGAACGAUUAGCAAAUAAAAAACAGAGCGUUUCGAAAACAAAAAUAAAUCAGUUACUAAAACGCGCUGGCCAGAACGAAAAGCAAAACAAUUUAUAUUAUAUAUACCCCGCAUGUGUAAAUCAUAUAGAAUUCUGCUUAUUUUUGUCCGUCUUGGCCAUUCUGAUCUAUUAUUUGUUUUAUCCGACGCUUGCUCGCUUAAUUGAAAAGUCUUGGACAGGCAAAACAAACCAAUUGAGAUGCUUUUGGGUAUUUGCGAAGGGAGAAUAUUUCAGAGAAUCACUCCUGCCAGUUUGAAAUUCUUACAUAAAGUGAUCCACUAAAUUUUCCACUCAAAAUAAACAAAGGCACUCAACGGGCUCCCAUUCUCCCAAAUAUCGUGUAGUUGCAAAGUGCCAUUGCAAACAUCUCGAAUCGAGUCAAGCAAAGUCAAUUAACGCGACAAUUAGCAGGGCGAAAGAUAAAGAUAGAUGGAUAAACAAAUGUACGUACUCCCAGCGUUAUAUACUCAGUUGUUGUAAGUGAACAACCACAGUGUCUCAUUAUCGGUGCUGUUGCGAUUCCCUGGCCAAUUGGAUAUAGAGAUAGAGACAAGUGCAGCUUUGGGAAUCUGUUCAAUCACAAUGAUUUAUCGCCCAGCCAAGCGCAGCAGAAAGUACUUUGACCCAUUCGAGUAUAGUUUUAUUUUUCCUGAAACAGCUGAUCGAACUGCUCGUUCGAAUUUCGAAAAUACUUUCGUUAGUCGGGAGAAUAGGUUGGCCCUCAGAACACGCUCUAUUCGCGUUUGUUGCCGGGCUUUUGGCUUUUCGUGGUCAUUUCACGCCAAACGAGCCUCGUGAACGGUCGUCAAAGAUAGCUGAUUUACGUGAUUUUUCGGACGUUGAACAGAGGUCGGAAUAUAUAUACACACUAUAUCGAAAAGUGGUGGGCGAAAUAAACUAAAAACUCAUUAAAGUGAUAAAUAUUAAACAUACAUUGCGGAUUACAGUGAAUAUAAUUGAUAAUUAAUUGCUCUGUCAAUAAGUGUUCAUCACAAAUGCAAAAUUAAAUUAAUCAGAACACAACUGAUGUACUGAUAAAUCAUAUAAAUCAUUUAUAAAGUGAAAACACACAAGUUUCACAAAUAAAUAAAUAAUUUACAAUCAGAAUGAUACACUAAUAAAAUACUACAACUUAUAGUAUUUAUGGUCUUUUGCGGUGCAGCCUCAACACGUUGUGAAUCUUGUGAUAAAACUAAAACAACCAUGGAAAACUUGUGAUAGCCAUUCAAACACUCAAAGUACAAGGCUCAAAAUAGAAUUUGUGAUACAAGCUGCGGCUGUGCGAAAGUUGUGAAAGUAAGUUGUGAUAACCGGGGAAAGCAGCCAAGAAUCCAAGAAACGAGCAGUGCAAAUCCCGCGGAUAAGGAAGAGUUCGAAGAUGUUCACGGUGCCGUUCCAUCGGGACACGAUCCUGACCACCUCCGUCAGCGAUGCCUCCGUGCUCAACAAGAGUCGGGCCAUGGCCGAGCUGAUGCACCAGAUGCGGGAUCCGGCGCACACACUCGGCGGCUCCGUGGGCAGCAUUCCGCAGACGCUGAUCGGCGGCGGAGGUGGAGGUGGAGGCCACAGCUCCUCGAACGGAGUCCUGAACGGGAUCCACGCCACACCCGCCACCAACCUGAAGAUGAGCGAGGCGAUGCGCAGUGCCCAGCACGACACGAGUCCGAAUCCCGUCAGCUCGAAGAUGAAGGCCUCCAAGUCGUACACCCACGGACUGAGCAGCUCCUCGGGCACGGUGAACAUUCCCACGUCCACGUCCGCCCAGAGCAACCUCUCCCUGCUGGCUGACAUCUCGCCGAACCACACGCACUUCUUCGAGGUGAUGUACGUGGGCAAGAUCCGGGUCUCGCAGAAGCGCGUCCCCAACUCCUUUAUCGACGACGCCCUGCCCAAGUUCAAGGCGUACGACGCGCAGCGCCUGCGGCUCCUCCAGAACCGCAAGAUGUCGCUCAGCAGCGAGGGCGGCGUGGGCAUCGAGGCGAAGCCAGGCAGCUCCCUCAAGAGCCACGACCUCAAGGAGGAGGACGAGGAGGAGCCGGAGCACAGCCAGAGGGAGCAGGAGACGCCACAGCAGGAUGCGGAACAGGAUGCGCAGGCGAAGCCGAUGGUGCAGCUGCAGCUGACGGGCGCCGAGGAGGGAGCUGCCCCCCGACCGCUGGAGGAGAACAAGGAGAACAAGUCCCCGGAGAAGCGGACUCUGCUGCGCGGCCAGAGUCAGAUCGAGCUGGGCCACAAGGAGCACCCAAGCAGCGACGGCUCCUCCGAGCCUUCGGCAUCCCAACAGGAUGCCCAACUGGAGGCGCCCAAUGUCAUUGUAAACAAACAGCCCACGCCGCCCAGGGAUCAGGGCGUUGCCUCUGGGAAUGGAAGUGGGAUUGGGAGUGGCAAUGGGAGUGGGAGUGGGAGCGGGGGUGCCACUUCCGCUUCCGCUGGCCCCAGCCAGCUGCACCCCAAUUAUGCGAUGGAGAACAUACCGAAGCUGAGGGAUCGGUCCGCCUCGCAGGGAUGCAUCCCGCCCUUCGUGGAGCAGAACCGCACGAUGGUGUUCCUGGUGGGGCGGUGCGACCUGCGGCUCAUCUCGCCGGACCGCAAGCAGGUGCUGCUCUACAAGGACUUCAAGGACGUGGCCAGCUGCGUGCACGGCCAGAAGUCGCUGGACCACUUCGGCAUCAUCUGCCGGGAGCUGAACAACGACGGCUACAUCGGGUACGUGUUCAAGUGCCAGUCGGAGCACGUGUGCGACGACAUCGUGGCCGCCAUUGCCCAGGCCUUCGACACCUGUGCGGAGCAGAAGAAGAAGCAGGAGACGCAGAUCUUCAGCUGCGAGCACUGCCCCAUGUUGUGGUACCACAAGCUCUGCACGGACGUCGAGGGAUUGUCGGAGAAGAAGACGCAGGCGCUGAUCCUGCGUAGAAUCGAGACGCUCAGCGACGACGAGCAGGAGAUCGUGUGGGCCAAGUUCUGCGGCUCGGAGAAGACCAACUCGCCGGUGGCCGAGCAGAACCAGUUCCUCAUGAUGCUGCUCCGAGCCCACUGCGAGUCCCGGCAGCAGAGGCACGUCCACGACACCGCCGAGAACCGGUCGGAGUUCCUCAACCAGUACCUCGGCGGCAGCACCAUCUUCAUGAAGGCCAAGCGCUCGCUGACCAACUCCUUCGACAACCUGCUCAAGCGCAAGCCCUCCAAGGACGACAUCGCCGUCCCGCCGCACAACCUGCGGGACAUCCGGGAGGGAUCCGCCGAGCCCCUGGGCACCCAGUCGCCACCCGAGGGUUUUAGGUCCAGGUCAAAUACGGUGGGAGCCAGUCCCAGCAGCAAGCCCACGGCCGAGCAGCUCAAGAGUCCCAUGAUGGACAUAUUCAUCAAGGUGGGCAACAGUCCCAAGGAGGCGGAGACCCACCAGGGAUCCUGGCGGCAGGCGAUACUCAACAGUGUAGUGACCCCCUCGAAGGGUCUGGACAACGAGGUGCCCACCGAGUUUCUGUCGCCCAUGCGCAAGCCUGUGAAGCGCGGCAAGCGGGAUGCGGCGGAGCUGAGGGAGCUGUGGCGCACCGCCAUCCGACAGACGAUCAUGCUGAACCGCAUGGAGACGGAGAACGCCAUGCUGCAGGCCCGCCAGAACGAGAACGAGCUGAAGCGCAUCAAGCUGGACUACGAGGAGAUCGUGCCGUGCGACAAGCAGCUGAUCGAGCGCUGGGAGCAGAUUAUCGAGCGCAACUCCACGCAGAUCGGCAACAAGAAGGAUCCCAAGGUGCUGGGCCACGCCAUUCGCACCGGAGUGCCGCGGUCGAAGCGGGGCGACGUGUGGACCUUCCUGGCCGAGCAGCAUUCCAUGAACACGGCUCCGGUGGACACGAAGCGGUUCCCCAACUUCAACACGCCGUACCACACGCUGCUGAAGCACCUCACGGAGCACCAGCACGCGAUCUUCAUUGACCUGGGCAGGACGUUCCCCAACCACCAGUUCUACAAGGACCCCCUGGGACUGGGACAGUUGUCGCUGUUCAACCUGCUGAAGGCGUACUCCAUCCUCGAUCCGGAGUUGGGCUACUGCCAGGGUCUGGGUUUCAUCUGCGGCGUUUUGCUCCUCCACUGCGACGAGGCCAAUGCGUUUCAGCUGCUGAAGCACUUGAUGUUCCGCCGGAACAUGCGCACAAAAUACCUGCCCGACAUGAAGAAGUUCCAGCUGCAGCUGUACCAGCUCUCCCGCUUGGUGAAGGACCACCUGCCGGAUCUGUACGUGUGGCUCGACCAGAACGACGUCUCGCCCACUUUGUACGCGGCUCCCUGGAUCCUCACCGUGUUCAGCUCCCAGUUCCCGCUGGGAUUCGUGGCCCGCGUGUUCGACCUGCUCUUCCUGGAGUCCUCGGACGUGAUCUUCAAGUUCGCCAUCGCCCUGCUGUCCGUGCACAAGGAGCAGCUGCUGGCCAAGGACAACUUCGAGGAGAUCAUGGACUACCUGAAGACCGUGGUGCCCAAGAUCGAGCCCAGCUGCAUGGAGCAGAUCAUGAAGCUGGUCUUCACCAUGGACCUGGGCAAGCAGCUGGCCGAGUACAACGUGGAGUACAACGUGCUGCAGGAGGAGAUCACCACCACCAACCAUCACCUGGAGAUGCUGAACAGGGAGAAGACGCAGAACCAGCAUCUCGAGCAGCAGUUGCAGUUCGCUCAAUCCUCGAUUGCUCAGCUGGAGACCACGCGCUCCUCCCAGCAGGCGCAGAUCACCACGCUGCAAUCGCAGGUGCAAUCCUUAGAGCUGACCAUCCAAACACUCGGCCGGUACGUCGGCCAGCUAGUGGAACACAAUCCCGAUCUGGAGCUGCCAAACGAGGUGCGGAGGAUGCUCCAACAGCUGGAUGAUCUGGAGCGACAGCGCCGCAAGCCCAUCUUCACCGAGCGCAAGAUCGGCAAGUCGAUUUCCGUGAACAGCCACUUGGGGUUUCCACUCAAGGUGCUCGAAGAGCUGACCGAAAGAGACGAACUUGGUUCGCCACAAAAGCAGAAGAAGGAGAAGACACCUUUUUUUGAGCAGCUGCGCCAGCAGCAGCAGCACCGCCUCAACGGCCAGUCCUCCAGCGCCAGCGAGUCGGUUUCCCCGACGCCGCCGUCGCGACCCAAUCGCCUGCUGGACAAUGCCAGUGCGCGGAGCGUCAUGCAGGUGAAGCUGGACGAGCUGAAGCUGCCCGAGCACGUGGACAAGUUUGUGGCGAACAUCAAGAGCCCGCUGGAGGUGGACUCGGGCGUGGGCACGCCCCUCAGCCCGCCCAGCACGGCGAGCAACAGCAGCGGCGGCAGCAUAUUCAGUCGCAUGGGCUACCGCACCACUCCGCCGGCUCUCUCUCCGCUGGCCCAGCGGCAGAGCUACGGAGUGGCCAUCACCACGGCCCCGUCGCCACACCACGCGGAGGAGGGGCCGCCGACGACGACGAUGGCCGACAUGCCGAGGCGCGAGGACGUGGAGGAGCCGCAGGCCAUGCAUCCGCUCAGCAUGGUCGGAGGCGAUGUGAACGUGCGCUUCAAGGGCACCACGCAGCUCAAGUCCAUCCGCCCGGUGCACCACAUGCGGGCGAUUCCGCUGGGUGGGGUGCAGCACCAGUCCAAUACGGACGCAGCCGUGCGAGUGGCUCCCGUGCCCGUGGAGCUCGCUCCUCCGGCGGCAACGGCGGCCACCGGUCGCAGCUAACGGUUCUGAUUCAUCGGGAAACUGCUGCGCGGAUUUUACCGCGACUAGGCCCGCCGCCAGAUCGGCCAGAUCGAACAGAUCGGGCAGCUUCGAACCCCAACGCUACUCAUAACCUCUUCUGUUGCGGCUUAGAUACGAUAGAUAACCAACCCAACCUACGAGAUACAAACUACGAGCCCCACAACUUCGUUUUCAAAUCGUGUGUGUGUUUCAAGGUGCGCACAAAAUGUUGCCAUAUAUAUAUCGCUCCGAAAGUUACGCAGUCGUUAUAAACUGAUGCCCCGAAUAUUAUACGAGUAUAUAUGCUUAUAGGGAUAAAUUGGAUAAUGCUUUUUCAAGGUUUUAUAAAUUUGGCUACCGCAUCUAAACCGAAGCUUGUAACCUUAGGCGAACCCCCCGGAUAGAAAGCUAAAUCAAAAGAAGCAUUAAUGAGUCUGUAAUUUGUUUAGUUCCCCUCCCCCAUUGACUUAAUACUUAACGAAUUUACUUAGUAGCUUAUUGUUGAUUUUCGUGUUUCUUUAGUUCUAGAGCAUUAGUUUUAAAUGUUACUCUUAAUUUUAAUAUACUUUUAUAUUUCGCCCAGGGUUUUACUUUGCAAUGUAAACUAAAGUCAGAUACGAUACCUAAUGUAUAAAACGAUUCCGAUGAUACUUGCUUGUACAUUGUUCUUGAGUAGGAUACGACUUUCUGAAAUCUCCUUCAUUAUGAUUAUGGUACUUGGAUUGUAUUGAUUGUUUACCUAUAUAUACGAUUAUAUAAAAUGAAUGCGAGCAAACAAAUGAAUAUUGCUUCUGUGUUAAGUACUUACGUAUUGCUUAGCCGGUCGGCUUUGUCGGCCGUCCGGAGUUUGUGUAGCUGAUUUGUGUUAGAAUAUGAGUAAAAUCAACAACAAUUACAUGAAAACAGUAAUAAAGUCAACAAUUAUUUAAUCAAAAUA